AUGGACCCGGUUACAGACGAUUGUGCGCAAUUGAUGGAAGAAGAAGGCGGGAUCAGCAUAACCUACCGUCUCCGUCCGCUCUGCACAGGGAAAAAAUGUCGAGCGAUUGCCGGCGUUACUUUGAUUGUGCUACUUAUAGUCAUUGGGAUCGUUGUGUUUGGUGUUGUAUUUGGCAUCAAAAACAAGUCUCCGAAGUCCAACUCUGUGAAAGGUACUCAUUUGUCAUUUUAGAAUGUAAGCUAAUGUAUUGAGCUUGUAGAUUCCUUACUUAAGGCCUCGCCCAUCGGACCACGUGUAGAAAGCAGCCGUGGCUGCAUGCAGAUUCUAGGAUGAAUUGUAUUAAUAUAGAGCAAUCGUAGAUUUAGCUUAUAUACUGAUCGAACGUGUUUAUGCCAGCCGAGUUCAGUUAAUUUAAGCCAGGGAGGUGGCGUGAGAAAAAAUGCCAAAAUGCCCGGUGAAUCCCAUUUUCUUUUGAUUUACAGACAAAAGUAAUUUGUGACGUGCGGCAGUACUCCGAAAAAACCUGAUAAAUCGGUACUUAUAGUUUCACGAUGACCAAAGCAAGCAAUUUACGGGUCGAUUUGUUUUAAAAUACUCAUAUUAGUAUCCUUUUUUUAAGCAGAAAUAAACUGGCUCUCGAAGAAAAAAAAUACAACCGUUACUGAUCAAUCAUUGUCGUCCUUUAUUCCAAAUAACGAAAUAAUUUGUUCUCACUCUACUGCCGGUUAAAUAUACCUUGUUGAUAAUUGUCGGUCAUGAGAAAUUUUAUUUUUAUAUACCACCUUCAAUUAGCUAUACCUUGCACAUUUCAGAGCCAUUAAAUAUUAAAAUAUGUACCUUCCUUCUGUGAAUUUGGAAUAUGAUUGGAGCCUUUCAACAGUUGUUUAUUAUCAAUGAAAAUGUAAAUGAAAGUUGAAAAGUAACGGGUGGCUUUCCGAAAUUUAUUUUUCUCUUUCGGUGGGUCGCUACUUAAUCGGAACUUUACGGUAAUUUGGCGAUUUACGGGAGAAAGUCCAGAGCAAAAUAGACGUCUAUAUAAACGGAUCAAUAUUAUGGUAAAAAAACAAAUCGACAAUAACUUUCCAUGGUCAAUGAAGUGAUCUACUAACUUCUCGACCAUACAAGCAAAAUUCAAGCCUCUUUGGACAAAAAUGUUCAAAACUCUCCAAUGAAACCAUUCGCAGGCUUUUCCUACAUCUUUUUUUUCCUUAAAUGAUUUUUGUAACAGUUUUUCGAUUACAUCAAAUUCCAUGGUCGAUUUCAUGUGCUUGACAUUGGUAAAGGAAAAGUCUUUUUCUUGGCAUUCUUGGAAUUUUGAAUUGUUAAUUACCUCAAGUCACAUGGUGCACACAAUGAAUGUAAACCAGCUAGUGGGAUCAAUCAGUCAUUUACAGGCACGGCUAGUCACAAGUUUAUUAGUUAAUUAACCCUCGGGCGUACAUGCAAAUUCUACAUACCCCCCACCGUGGUACUAGUGGGGGGGGUUGAUGGAACCCCUCCCAAGAGGUUUUGGUAUGUUGCGGUAUUUCUUGUUUAUUGUUUUUUGUUUGCCAAAAAUUAAACAAAUCAACUAAAAUCUAAUUACCUUAACUCUCAUGGCGAGGAAGCCCAAGAGAAGGCACCGGGCUUAUAAGGAAUGGGCUCCCUCAUUUCGAACCGAUUUUGCCUUCAGUGGAAAGUCUUUAUCUUCCAAUUCUCUCAACAAGAUGAGGUAUGUUUAAUGGGUGAUGGCGCUGCUGGAGGCCUGUGACGUCACCAACAAUGGUCGCAAUCUUGGCCGCGAUCUUGGAUUUUACCAAGAAUUAGAAAUCAGGUGAAAACCGCGAUAAAUGGAAAUUCUUGUGUGCUGAACAUGUGAAAAACACAUAAAUAAGCACUCGCAUCCUUUCAUCUACAAGCUUUACUUUUAUUGUUGAGAGAAGUUGAAAAAACAUGAAUUUUCACUCAAAAAUGGCUUGAACACCUGCUACUGAUGAUGUCAUAUCUUGUAACCAUAGUAACCAAUCAUCACUUAACUUGCCUCAAAAUGCGCGCGAGGGAUAAACGCACAGCUACUGAAAACGUCAGGGAUUGAUGUUUUAUCGUCUAGGAAAAAAAUCAAAAAACCUGAGAAGCGGGUGGCAAACCCUUCCACCUCCCCCUUGUACGUCCGAGGGUAUUCAUGGAAACAGGUCUAGUUUAGUACACUUAUGAGCAGUGUUAGUGUUUUUACUGAGGAGGCCUGCAGAUACGUAUUUAUUUUUAUUAGAAAUUAUCAGUUGUAGUUAUAUUUUCUAUUUUACCAGCCUGGGCGCAGUUGUUCGAAUGCCGAUUAGCGCUUAACCCAGGGUUAAAUUUAACCCAGGCCUCUUUUUUUUUGGUCCGAAAGCAUUUUCUCGGAUAGAUUUCUCUGUUAUUUUUAAGAGCAUCCAAUCAUCAAGUUGUUGACAGAAAGAAUUAAAUUGAAUUUACUUUUUAAGCUUUCAUAUCUGAAUGCAAAUUUCUCUCUAACCAUGGGUUAUCUUAACCCAGCUUUGAACAACCCGGCCCUGGUGAAUUUUUAUCGUGUUCAAUUAAAUAAAGAUUUGAUUAAUUUAAUACCGAUUAUCUGUCUUAUAGUUUACCUUAAAGCGAUUAGUAUCUCUUUGCUCCAUCAUAACUUCCCUGAUUGAAAACGUACUCCGUUAGCUGGCUCCAGUAACUAGCGUUUCGCUGCAGGGCUUUUCUUGAGACCAAACAAAUAUAAAAAUAAAAAUAAAAUAAAGAUUUGUUAAUAAUGGAAAGUGCGCGUAGCUUAUCCAGCUACGUGUAGUUUACAGGCCCUCUACUCAAAUAAUUAUAGAAACAUAACAGGAUUAAAAAAAACAACUGGCAGGAGGCAACCAUUUGGCUAUUUACAAGAGUAGCCGAGGAUUGAAAUCCAGCAAGUGGCCAGAGCGGGACUCGAACCCAGGAUCAACGGAUUGUGGGUCCGAUUCUAUGGCUCCCUUACUACAGUAAGGGCCCAGUAAGGGCUAAUUCACAGCUGCAUGAGCUCGAGUGGAAUCUUUGAAUUUACAGUGCAACAAUAGGCUAUUUCCAAGUCCCCCGGGCCUCUGUAUCAAAACGAGGUUAAGUAUUCAGUCUUUGAUAAGGGAAUUAUUUUUCAUUCUCAUGCGAAGUGAAAGUCAUUUUCACAAGAAAGAUUGUAUACUUGGCCUCAUUUUGAAAGUGAGAGUUUUUGAACUCGCAUAUGGCCUAUUAAAACACUUCAAAGACCAACCCAUUUCCAAGUUGUUGUCUCAUUACUCAGCGGUACCUGAACCAGUACCAACUUCCCAAGAGCAGCAGACGACAUCGAAGCCAUGGACACCAACACCACCAGGGAUCAUUUGUAACACUUCAGCGUGCACUGACAUCUCUCAAGGUUGGUGUUUGAAGCAUUUUAAUUUUUGCACUUCGAUCUCUCUCUUUGGCUCUCUUAGUACGGUAAGGGCUAAUCUGCACCGUUGCAAGCUGCAUGAGCCCGAGUGGAAUGAGAUAGUUCUUUGAUAGAUACUGGGUUUGCAGUGCUAUUUGGUACUUCAAGGCCCAAACAGAUCUUAUGAGUUUGCGGUGUAUGAGGGUAUACUAUGACAACAAAUACUAUCUACAUAAGACCAAAUCAAGACCAAUAGCAUGAUCAUCCCUAAUACAUUUCUACAUAUCGAUUGUGUCAUAAUUUCAGAUAUCUCCAGACAGUUAGACAAAGCAGUGAAUCCUUGUGAUGAUUUCUACUCUUACACUUGCGGAGGGUUUUUCAAAAGUCAUGAGCUCGGAGAAAAUCAAAGCAUGGAAACGGCCUUUUCUAUCCUCAACGAUGACAAUAUGAGAGUUAUAAGGCAAACGUUACAGAAGGGUACUUCUAUUUACCCUCAGGUUUGAAAUACUGAAAGUUUUUCUUAGUUUGCAGACUAUUUACCUUUUUAAUCCACUAAACCAUAUCAGGACUGGUGGGGAUAAUUAUAAACUUCAUACCAGGUCCAUGAAUUACCUGCUAAAACUAGACAAAAUUAAAGAAAACUGUAGUGAGGCUUAUUAUCUGCAAUGUUGAAGAACAAACUACUAGCAUUAUUUAAAAUGGCAAAGUCAAGAGUUUUAGUUUGAAUAGACCUCGAAAUAGUCACACCAGAACUUACAUUCGUGGCUAUCAGAGUAAAAGAGACUUGGGUCUUCGAAAUAUCCCUGGUCUCAUUUCUACCAUUUCAGAAUCUGAUUUCUAAAUUUAAAAUGAAUAGAAAAUAAACAAAGUGCUUUUCUUAGACGCACUUUGGUAUGCGAACAAGCUCUGCUAACGCGGUUAAGGGCAAACAAGUUGCCAGCCUCUCCGGCUCAGGUUGAGACAAGCUUCUAGGCUUUUGGCAUGUAUCCACCGUUACUAUGACAACUAUUACUAUAACUCACGUAUGAACUAAUAUAACAAUGCAUUUCCCCAUGGCACUUAUUGAAAGUUUCGGCUAAGAGUUGGAAGCUGGGAUAGGGGAGCCUAUUUCAUGCUUCUUGAUUAUUGUCACUCCCAGAUAACAUAAAAAAAUACUAGUCUAACCAACUGUAUUUUUUGCAGAGCUCAUCCAUAAGGAAAACCAUCCAAAUUUACAACUCUUGCGUAAAUACAGCUGCUAUUAACAACCGAGGAAUAACACCUUUAGUAAGCUUGAUAGAGAAGUACGGUGGUUGGACAGUAACCGGAAAAGGACUGAACUCCUGGAAAGUGCAAGAAAAAAUGGGACACAUCCAAAGAGACCUGAAUGUACAGACUUUACUGUCUGUAUCGGUUAGGACGGAUUUAAUGGAUUCCACACGUAACAUUCUUGUGGUAAGCAAAACAUUUAACGAGUUGUGCCAUGUUAGAAACCGCAAAACAGCCAAAGAAUCCCAGAGCAAUCCAUCCUUUCAGGGAUCCAAGGUCUGUUUGCUUAAAACCGAAAACCUCACUGAAGAAUAUAUCUAAAGCACCGUUUAUAUGUUGUUUAAAAUUGAAUACCAACUACUAAAAUAAACGAAAACUCCAAAAAAGCAAGAAUCAAAACCGAAAAGUCUUUGAAAAAUGAUCACUUCCGCAAUCUGAAAUUUCCACUGUCCUGCAGUGCUCCGCAAGGAAGUAGGCAGGUAGUUGACUUCAUUCAACUUAACAAGUGAAUCACAUAAAACAACAGUCUUUUAAAUGACGAACAUGUGGCCUUAGUUCCUUGAUCGCAAGGGAUUGUGGAGAACGGAAACCUCAGUGUAAGUAUCUGAAAAAAAACUUCUGCAAUCAGCAAGUUGAACUCACAUUUAGUCUCCUUCGAAGCCGUUUUUGUUUUGUGUGAUGAGACAGAAACGGCUGCGAGGGAGACUAAACUCACAUUUAAAGGGCAGAAACGAGAAUCGAACCACACCUUUAGCUUAGACCUCUUUUUAAAUACCUCCGCACAGUUCAUGCUUUGUAAGGAAGGUUGCUACAAUACACGUCAGAGAUAUUAUUGAGUUUUUAUAUGCGAAUUUAUAAUACAUCAGCUAACAUUCAGAUGGUUCUAUCAAAUCUAUUUACUAGAUUAGUCCCUUAGUGCUUGGUAUGAGUGCGAGCUACUAUGACAAAUACACAGAAGAUCCUGAGAUAUUAAAGGUUGGUUUAAGAAACAUUUAUUUCAGAAAAAAUGGGUAUCAAUCAUGCUUUGCAAAAUUACUACCGUGUACAUCGUGCGAUCCGUAGUAAGAAGGAAGAAAAUUAAUUACUACGUCCAUCAAAGACUAAAAGUAUGGCACAAUUCAGAUUAAAUUUUAUCAAUCUCGUUAUAAAUGCAGUAGAUGAAGCUUCUUAUUUGAAGAACAGUAAUAUUUAUAAUAUCUAUCACCCAUUUUGCGCAAAUUAACAUAUGGGUUCCCCUGCGGAAAAGAUCAGGCAGCCUCUAGCGCGCAGACUCACCACUGAUGCCUCUCUUGUAUUAAACUAGUACUUCCUAGAAGUAGACGCCGGUUUUCUUGCGAUCAUUUUAUCCCACUUCUUAAGCAAACAGUAGCUAUAAAAAAGGAAGCUUAAUGAGGCUGUUAUUGCAGUUACGCUGCAUUCUGAAGCCUAAGAAGCACUAGUUAAAAUACUUGAGCAAAAGAUCUGCCUUUGGAACCAAUUUGCUUUUCCCAAGGUGGUUCGAGGUCAGCGCAUGUAUCGCACAUGUGAAAUGAAACAAUGAGAUCUCUAUAUUUAAAGUUAAUUGGUGAAUAUUUUAAUAUUCAUUAAUUAGCUGAGAAGAAGAUUACAAAAACGUUAACUAUACUGUUUGAUAAUUAAUUAACUCAGCUGAUUCAGUUGUGUUGGGGUUUACAGAGGUCGGGGGGGGAGGGUACUCCCUAUAAUGGCCUGUACGGGGAGGCUCCGCCCGAAAGGAAUUCCUUUUUCAGGCUUCAGGUAUAUGAAAGGGUAGGAAUUUCGCUAGUUAAAGUAUGUCAAAGGGUAGGGAGGGUAUGGAAGUCUGUCAUCAUGGUCUGUAAAAAGGCCCAAAAUGGCUAUCAGAUGAAUUUUAUGGCUUUAAAAACUCGAAAACACGUUCUGGUUUUGUGAUUGAUUCGUAUUUAAAAUACAGUGCAUUUCAGGAGUUAAAAGGGACUUAGACAAUCUAAAAGUCCUUUUUUUUUCCUGGUUGGUUACGCCAUUUUAAAGGACUUUUCAUACCUGUUUGGCGCGAAAUUCACGGUCAAAAAUUCUACCGGUGACGUCAUGACAAAUGACCAAUAGGACAGUAAGUGAUAUUUCACGCGGCUUCCGACACAGAAUAUUUUAAUCAUUUUUUUCCCGCGUGAAUUUAUAAUAUCAUUCAAAUCCAUUGGAGCGAACUUGACAAAUCGACCUCGAGACUCGCUCGGUUGCUGGGCGACUUAUUAGAGACUUAUUAUUAAGUCUAAAAGGGACUCAAAGUUCUAAACUAGGUAUGUGAAAGGGGUACCAUUUGUCAAUAGAAAGAAUACGAAAGGGGUAUCUUUUUCGUGAAAAAUGAAAAUGAUACACAAAAGGGUAAAAAAAACUUUUUUGAGCCCUCCCGGGACACAGGCUCACCUGUGACUCCAAUUCUACCCAUUAAUUUGUCAAAGAUUGAACACAUAAUGAUAAUUGAAUUUUACCAACUCCAUCACUCGUUCCCUUUUUUUUCCUUUACAUUAAGAUUCAACGCGCGUACAAAAAGUACAUGAAAACUAUUGCACGUCUACUUGGAGGAGGAUCAGAUUCAGAGAAGAAGAUGAUGCGUAUAUAUAACUUCGAAAGAGACAUUGCCAAUGUAAGUUAUGUUUCAGAUAUCGUAAUAAAUUGAAGGAGGAACGACUAAAAACGAUUGUUCCCCUAACAAAAAUCUAACUGUCGCAACCACUCAUUGGUGAGAUGCCAGAGUAAAUUUGGUGCAAUGGACUCCUUCACGGUCUUUUCGCGUGGACCAGUUACCGAAAAUCGGUCUACAGUGGCAGUGUCUAUACCAAUAAAGCCCGUAUACGAGAUGCAGAACUUUUUAGGGAAAGCCACCCACUAUUUUCGCGCAGUUGGUAACAGUGACAGGACAAAAAACAACGCAUACAAAUGUAAUGUUUUGCACUUAGAAACUUGAUGAACGCCUCAAUCAUAUAAAUAUAAAAAUUUAAAGUUAGCUUGGGGACAAUGUGAGGUGCAUGCUCCCUUCAUGGUAUGCGGUGAACUUUUCGUUCCUGUUUCGAAAUAAAACAUUUUACACUCCAGAAUCGACUAAUUUAAGACAGACUGUUAAGAAUCCACCUGCUUAUAUCCGCGAAUGUCCCAUGUGUUAUACUAUAUAUUUUCCAGUUGGCCACUGGCAAAGCAUUCUCAUAUGACUUGGUAGAAUCCCUUGAGCAGUACUAUCACUCAAGACGAUCCUUGGGCUCAUCAGUGGACAAGACCAUACGUGAAUUUUGCUGGGACUCAACUUUCGACGUACGUAAAUUAAUAUGGAGACUCCCAGGAGAACCGGGAUACUUUUUAAAGUAUUUUUUUUAACUGAAGGAUUACUUAUCCCGAAAUUCUAAUUGGUUUCAAAUUCAAUUAAAUUUUUUAGGAAUUUAGAGUUAAGGACUUCUGUUCCAAGAAUUUCGCGGGAAACUUAUUUGGCAUAAUUAUUACAUCAAUAAAAGCCGAUACCAGAAAUUUUUGAAAAAAAACGUCCGCAAAAUGUUUUACAAGAUAAAAAAUACAUAUAAAUAUAUUUUUUACCAGUUAAAUAUAAGUAUUAUUUUAUAUUGUUUAUAACUAAUAUCUGCAGCUUUUUAAAAAAAUUUCGUAGCCAUCGCGUUAAUAGAAACAAAAAAGCUAUGACAAAACGUUCGUCAUAGAACUUGCAAGUUAGUUGGCGGAUAACAAGCAUUUUGUUUUCAACUUUGCUGGCACUUAUUUCCUGUCAUGUUGCUUGCAAUGAAGUCAAUAUUUCGAUCAGUUGACUACAACAAUAAGCUAUUUUAGAAGGAAGCUAAAUCCUAUGCAGAUUGUGGGAACGUUUGGUUCAAAACGAGGGCGUGCAAAACGGGAUCGUAGCCUGCGUAGCAUGGCAGUUUAGGUGGGGCGCGUAAACAAGCUAAGGCGGGCGAGGACAGUGAAAAUGAGAAGAGAUUUGACCGGGAGCAUUGAGAACCCCACCCCCCACUGACUCGCGGCCUUUAGGAGCGCGCCCGACGAAACGGCCAUGUUACGCAGGCUAGGGUUGGUCCAGGGCUUACAAGUGCCAAGUGGAGCAACAUACAAGCAAGCCUAGCUGCUAUCGAAGAAGAAGGAAAAGAAAACUAGAAGUUGAAUAGGAAAUUUAAACCGCAGUAUCUUAUUCGUGUGGAUGGUUGAAUCUAAAUCGAAACAACCACACCGAAUUCGUGUAGACGAAAAUAAAUAUGCGAUCAUAAGUCUACCGGUAUUCGGUGGACAGGGCCUUAAUAGUCAACGAAGUGUAAAUAUACGUUUUCAAUCGUCUACACGAAAGUUCGCAAAUCCGUCGGAUCUAAAAAAAAAAAACAAAACAAAAAAAGUCUAGGAGAGUAGUUUAAGAAAGGAUAGGGUUUUGACAAGAGAGAUUCGAUGAGUCCAGGGCGGUAAGUGGAUUCACUGGUUUCCCUGUGAAUGGAAGGCCGAUUUAUGUAAAACAAUAUGCGGUUUCAAAAAUUUCCGGAUGGGAGGGUUACUGUUGAACAACUUCAACCCAAAGGUUUUGCCUUUCUUUUUCUCAUUAACCCAGAUUUUUAACACAUUACUUUAGCACUAAAUUUUCAACUAAUACUAUUUUUCCAUCCACAGUUAGAUUUUAUCCUGGACUUCUUAAACAUUGCGUUUUCGAACCAGGAAAUUACUUUCAACUCUUGGGAAAGCGUUUUUUAUGGCUCAGCAUCUGUCUUCUCAGACAUUGCUUUGACCUAUCAGACUACGUAAGUAUAAAUGCAAGUUCUACUUCUUCAACACUACUUUAUUUACUUAACAGAUAGAUAAAUACGAGUAGCGUUUUAUGAAUAACACUGAGUUGUGUCUACGUUGUCAAAUUUUCCCGUUAGUGGUGUACCUUUACAUGUAAAAAUGUUCUCAUUUUUCUGGAAUUCAAUUUCUAUAAAUAUGAACAUCUCGCCCUUCUCGCCGGUUUUCCGACUUAUUGUGACAAAUUUUCUAACGUGUCUAACCAAUUAAUGCGCUGUUUUAUACACGAAAAAGCAUGCAGUAGACCUGCACCAUUCUAAGCCUCAGUCUUGAUUCACUGGUCCCCUUUAAUCUGCACUUCCAUUGUUUUCAGGGAUAGGGACAUUGUUAUGUGACAAUCCCUAUUGUUUUCCCAGCAAAUCAAAAACAAUCUUUCAAAUAGGUGCGGGGUCGCCCCGAAAAAACAAUCGUUUCAAAUAAGACCCUGUUUACAUGGAGUGGGGACCCCGGUCUCGUGGGGGUUUUGUGUCCCCAGAGCGUGAAAAAAAAGAGGGUGUCGUCGGAUGGGUGGGGACCCCGGUCUAGUGGGGUAGGUUUCUUUUGUUAAACGUGAAAAAAAAAAGUCGUCAGUAAAAAAAAGGCGUCAGUAAAAUGAUCAAUGCAUAAUAUUAAAGUGCUAACAACGAAGACAUAAAGAUAUGAUAUCAUAAUAGACAGCCCAAAGUCAAUGUUUGCCUGCCUAAAGAACUGAAAAAUACCAUACGUUUAUACACAUAAACGGCUGGGUUGCUUAAAGAAUCUUAAGAUUAUAUUGCGUGAACUCGUACCUUCUGUCAAAAACAGUAGGUUAAUCAGGUUAAUGUUCCUGAUUUUAAUGCAUCUUUCGAUUGUUUUGAACAGGUUAUUAUUUUCAAUAAAUGGAAGGGCAGGUCACUGUCGUGGAACAAGAGGUCAUUAGCAUGUGUACUCAAACGGUGACAAGUGAAAUGAUUCCCUAAUUUCACGAGUAUACCAUUUGAUUACCUAUUAAUAUCAUGGCUGACGAACUACGUUAGCAAUCGUGAAUUUUUGACAUGUUCAUCCUGGAUCGUAUCGAUCGAGAACUCCACUCUCUCACUUAAUGUUUAGACCUUAAAUUUGGCUAAGUUCAGAAUUUUUAAAAAUGGUUGACAAACUGUACCUGUUAGAAUCCUUCUUGAUGUGCUCUUUCGAGUGUUCAGGUUUUCUAAAGCAUCUUUUUGCGCCCUGACAUCUUCAUUCACGGCAUUUUAAAACUUCGACGCCAUCUUGACAAUGAGACGUACGGAAGGUUGCCAUGGCAAUUUUGUGAUUAUUACAAAUUAACGCUGAAAUUUCGCGCCAAAAUUAAGGAGUAAUCCGUCACCUAUGAUAUUACUAGUAAUAGUUGACACUACAACUGCCCCCGCUCUGUAUAUAGCAUUCUUGCUCCUUGUGUAGCUUUUUGAAAUAUACCGAUUCAUAAUGAAGAUGUUCACACAUAUUCCAUACAAUACGUGAGAUAAAUAGAGGAAAUAAACGAAAGGUUCCAUGCACAGUUUCGGUUCGAUUUACACAGCUUUGAUCAAAACAUUCUCAGUUUCGAUAAUUCGAGAAUAGUUUAUUCUAAACCAUAAGAAAAGAUUUAAUUAGAAGUUUAAUUUUUCGCUAUUUCUAUUUCACUUUUUACAUUUAGUUCAUUUUAUUUGCCGGAAAGUAAGCCUUAGAAAUUAAAAGGACGUUUGAUCAAUUCACGCUCGCGCAUUCUAGUCUUAUUUUAAACUUUAUAGCGGAAGGACAUCUGUGAGCAGGGAAUAAGUCAGCACAGAAUUUGAUGGUCGGCGAAUUUCUGUAAUCGUCCAUCGUUCUGCUAGUGAUAAGCUAGCCAUUGAAUCAUUCACUCAUCUUGCUUGUUUUGGGCCGAGUCUUAUUCCGGUCAAAGAGAGAGAAAGAGUGUCUGGCAAGGUUCAGCUGAAGGUUUCCAACGAAAGAUUUGUGAACUCGUGUCUGACAAACUCACUUCGUGUUAAAACAUACACUUUUCUACGCACCUUAUAACUUCAUCUGCGCUUAACGAGUGUCUUUUGGUCCCUAACUUUCAUAACAACUGCUCCACAGAAUGUUACUGAUAACACAUAACGCAAAAGAGUAUCGAAGUAUGACUGCACAAUUAAUGUCACAAAAUCUACCUAUUGUAGUUUAAGCUUUUUGUGUUUUACGUCAUCCUAACCAUUUUGUAACUUGCGGGCGCAAACAAUAGAAACGUCAUCAUUACCUACCUAUUCCUUACGGCCCCUGUUCAAGCGAAUCGAGAUUUUUUCUAUAUUGACUGUAUGACUAUAUAUUUCAACUGUAAGUACUUUCUUUAAUAUACGCGCGAGUUGCUAGAGUGCCUCCUCGGGAUUUCGCCUUCUGGGCGAAAUCCCUGCGGGGGCAAUAAUGACCGAUCACGUACCUCGCGCUGCGCGCUCGGUCAUUAUUUUCCAGAAGGCCUCGGAGCACAGGCAUUAUCCUACAUAUAAUACUCAAGAGCUCUCUAAGAAGAACGUGUUACGUAACCAGUUCCUGACAUGUCUAAAGGGCAACCAUUCAUGUGGUGAUAUUUGCUUUUAUUAGCUCCCACGACAUUAUCAAGGACUACAUUAUGUGGCGAGUUGUUUCCCGGUACGUUUCGUCAAUGCCUGAUGUAUUUGUUCAGGCUGAGCUUGAGUUUGUCAAGACUGUGGCUGGGGCGCGAGAAUAUCAAAGAUGGUCUGCUUGUAUUGAGCAAAUGAUGACACCAAUGGACAUGACUCUGGGGAGGAUGUAUGUUGAUGCACAUUUUGACGAAACAACUAAAACAACGGUAAAGUGAUUCCUUUGUGUUAACGAGUUUUGAGUGUAAAGCAGCCGUAUUUUUGGGCUGGUCAAAGGAAGGUUGGGAAACGGGGUGUGAGACUGGGCAGAGACGGACGAGUGAGGAAACGCACGGAAAUUCAGUUAUGGCGGUUCUCGGUCCAUGCGUGCCGCGAUUAGGGAGAAAAAACCCAUUCUGAUUCGAUUUAAGGUGUUUGGAGACCAUACAGAUAUUUUUCAAUCGCCUUUAAAGUGAUUUUAGUCCAGUCCAAUCGCCAUAAAAUUUUCACCACUCACUGACCUUCGAUUGAAGUUUGUCAAAAUGUAGUUUUAUGUUGUAAUGCGCCGGCAACGAUAAACAAAAAUCUUUGAAAUCAGAUAAAAACGAAUUUUGGUACAUCUAGACCUGCCAUCUUUGAGUUUUUAGUUUUCCCACGUGUUAGGUAGAAGUACUAGUCUCUAAAACAAAAAAAAAUGAUAAAGAAGUCUUAAAUUAUUAUUAUUAGUUAUUAAAAGUCAUGGAAAAAAUGGAUAAUGAAGAAUUGACAACUACUUUUAAGAGGGGCAGAGACAUCAUGCACUUGAUUUGAGUUUAUAUACUGUUUUCUUAGCGUUGUUUUUGUAUUGUUUUUUUUUAUUUCCUUCACUGAUCAGGUGUAGUUGCUUUGACGCUUGCUGCUGUUGGCAUAUGAUGUUGUUAAAGAUCUUUCUUUUUGUUUCAGGUACAGGAAGUGACGACUCUUAUUCGCAAGGCCUUUAUCAGUAACCUCGAUUCAGCGGAUUGGAUGGAUACAGAAACAAAAGAGGCUGCCAAAGAAAAGGUGCGGUUCAAUUGGCACAGAAAAUAUUUGCCUGAAUUUCAGUCAUGCUGCCUCAGAAUGCUGGAAACCUCAUUUAUGAGGAUUUAAAUUUGGAGAUUUUAUGAGUGUGCUUCCCAAUCCCUUGGAUACUUCUGCUGUAACUGGUCGUUCAUUUUUAACUUGUUACUAAAGAUCUUUUUUUUAACAUAAAGCUUGCCUUGAAGAGAACAUAUUUAGCAUAUAUAUUUAACAUACGAAACCACGGAGGCAAAUGUCUCUAUCGGCAGGGCACAAACCAGAAAAUAAAUUCUAUAACUCGGAGUAGUUCAGUUAUUUGACAAUUAAUGAAUGAGGCUGUGUAUCUUAUGAAAAAUUAUCGAGAUCGAGGAGGGUGUUACGGCCUUGACGGAUAACACCCUCCGAGAUCUCCAUAUGAUACAAAAGCCGUUUCAUUAUUCAUUCAAAAUAAUUCCUAGUUUAAAAACAUAGCACAGGCAAAUGUUAAGUUUAUCUUCUUUAACGGCAGGCUACAAAACCAGAUAAAUGUAAAUGUUUUUAGCCAUUAUUUCGCCUAGUUCCAGCUGUAGUUCUUACUCUUGAAACGAGUGAAGUGUCCGCCAUUUUAAACAACUCAAUCUCGUUCCCAGGUCUUCUUGGUUAACAGUGCAUUAACCUGUAGAAGGCUGCAUUUUCAUCACACAAAAUUCUUCCAAAUUUGGUCAUCAGUAACUGGUUAUGGUGAAUUAUGCGUGUGCUUUUAGCCAAUCAGAAUUGGGGAAGUAUUUUGAAUGAAUAAUAAUGCUUAUUAAUUAAUUGUAAAGUUCAGAGUCACCAACUUUUGAGAUCUGGGCCCUGCCCAGAAAUUCUUUCUAAAAUAAUGGCACUAACACGUAAUAAAAUGUCAUCAUUGCAGGCCAAUGCUAUAAAAGAGGAUGUGGGAUACCCACUAUACAUAAAAGACGACUGGAUACUUGACCAACAUUACUCCAUGGUAAUGCAGAUUUAUCGUAAUUUAGGCGAAACAUCUUCCCGUAAUUAAAAUGACCUUUUGUGUUGCCUGUUGCCUGUUUACAAACAAUAACUAGGUAGUUGUGUCUGCACUGAGAAGUCGUGCCGUUUAGUGGCAUUGAUUAGCCAAAAUAUCAGGGUUUAUUAGUUAGAAGGAAAAGACCGUCUUUUCAAAUCUCUUUUUCCCUAAUAGGCCCUAAGAAGGCAGGGGCAACGGGGGGCGAAACCAGUAAUGCAACAUAGGUUUUUGUGCCUUUUGCCUCGCCCGCUUAUUUUCAUUUUUUUUUUUGUCUACAAGAGCAACAGAAAUUAGUCCAUCUAUUAAGUGGCUAAUCUCUGAGGAAAUCAAUUAACUCAUGUCAUUGCUUAUUAUCUCGUCUAGUUUUAUACAUUUAUUUUGUUUUGUUGUGUUUUCCAAAAUCACCAGCUGACAAUCGAUGACAAUUAUUUUGAAAACACAGUGGCAAUGAACAAGAUGUUGGUCCAAAAAGACUUUGGCAUGCUUCGUCAGCCAGUCAACAAUGAUUUGUAAGUAAUAUAAUGCGGCUUGUCAGCCCAUUUCAGCCAAAGAAGGCUGAAGUUUGAUUCAGAAUGAGCUUCAUUUGAUAUUCCAGAGUUCACCAGUAUAUCCGUAAAAUAGGACCUUCAGGAGAAACAGCAACUAUAAGUCGUUCAGCUACCUUUAACAUGUUGUUUCAUACGUAUUAGUCAGUAAUCAUAUUCCCCAACAUUCUGAUUCAGGCACUUAAUUUACAACAACAAAAGUAACUGCUUUCCCUCUAGAAGCCGCUUCUCUACUUAAGUAUAAGCCACACUACGAGUAACAACUCGUACAAAAUUAUAAGUCAUAAAAUUUCAAAGUCUGGUUAGAAUUUUGUUUUCUAAACUAUCAAUUACCAACAUUUCGAUUCUGAAUUUUAAAACAAGUUUUAUACAUAUAUCUGCUCUUCUAGGUGGGGAAUGGGCCCUGCACAAAUCAAUGGAUAUUACAAUCCACAGCAAAAUCGAAUAGGUAUGUGGGAGUUCCCAGUUCGUGGCAGGCAUGUUGUAGUUGAGGUUGGUUAAAAUAAAAAUCCGUCAAAAUUUUACUUUAGCUUCUACCUUGUUAUAAUGAAAACGAAAACCAAAAAUAAACAAACAAACAAAAAAGUAGAAGAAAAACGUAUAGAGGCCAUGCGGAAUACACAAUAUCACAAAGAUUUUACAUUGCUCUAAACAUUCGGUCUAGAACUCGGAGCGGGUCGUGAGUUCAAAGCUCACUUGGACUUCGGGAUUUUUUUUGAGCUUUCUUGUGUUUAAUUUCUCCUUCUUCCAAAUUGAAAUACAGCAUAGUUGACUGAUAUUUACGCUUGACCACAAGUCUUGUUAUGAUCUGAAUAACAGCUUAGUCGUACCAAUCCGCAACCCUGUUUAAUUUUGUACUCAUUUGUCUUUUUUUUUUUUCCAUAGUAUUUUUGGCGGGAAUCUUGCAAUCACCUUUUUACAAGAAAAAUACCCCAAAGUAAGUGAUACGAAGUCGACUUCGUGACAUUUUGUGGCUGUAAAACUGUUUGUAAACCACAGAGCUCGAGGUGAGAUAAAUGUCUGGCCAGAGAGAUUUUUUUUAUUAUUAUUUGAUAAAAAUUGCACAAAAAAGGGUAACCACGAAGCAGAAAACCUAGCUCAAAUGGUCGUUGACACACACCCCUUUCUGACUGAAACCCUGACCUGCUCUUCCUAAUUUAACAGAGGAUAACGUCACGGAGGGUCUCCGUUAUAUUGUGGUUAUUCUUUACAUCUGAGGUUUUAAGUGCAUCAUAAUGUUAUGAAACAAAUUACGUACUGCUUUCUUUCGCCAGGUAUCUCAACUAUGGUUCACUGGCAAUGGUCAUUGGACAUGAAAUUACCCACGGAUUCGACAAUAGAGGUAUUUUUUCAGUUAAAGAUUCUGCAGGCAUAAAAGUUUUCAGACGACACGAAACUGAAUACAUCAAACUUAAUGAACAUGAGACUUACACGUUAUGAAUUGCUAGGAAGAUCCUGGAAUAAACAAGGUCAAUUUCUGUGGAAAAAGGAGAAAAUAGGCUUUAAAAAAGUCAAGAAAAGAUCACACUGUUUUAUAUUUCAUAUAGUCAAGAUUUAAACAUAGUAAUGUCUUUCUAUUUUCUGUAAGUUUAGACGACAUGGGAAAAUUGUGAUGUGUUCGUUUUUAUUACUGAGUAACAUCGAUUUUCACAGGUUAAUUCUAAGUUUCUUGGUAAGAUUUCGUGCGCAUGACAGAGGGAAAAAUGCCGGCGCCGUCAUUGCAUCUUUCACAUCGUCCAUGACUACUCUUAUAGACAAUAGACUCGACCAAUGAGCCUACGACAAUAUCUACACCAGCUUUUUUUUAUGUACACCAAGCUGUUUCGUAUAUUCUUAUCUCUGCCCUUUGUAGGUCGUCUUUUUGAUAAAAAUGGGAAUUUUAAGGAUUGGUGGUCUUACGAAUCGGAGUCUAACUUCAAAGAUAGGAGCCAAUGUCUUGUUGAUCAGUACCGCAACUACGAGGUGUUUGGAGAAUACGUAAGUAUAUAGCUCAAUAACUUUAGGGGCAAGGAUUCUCUAAUUGAAGUCUCCUGUGUCGUAAAAAUCGUAAAAUUAAUCCCAAAUAAAUCAUUGUAAUAAAGCCAAAAGAAAGAACUUUUGGCUAAGAUACUAGGUAGUACCAGAAGUGCUAGCCCUUUUCAAAAAUACGAUGUUAUUACACCCCAGAAAUCUGUAACCUGGUUAAAAAGACAUGCUGGUGACGAGGUGGAAAAAAUACGUCGCCGGUGCGGGGUUGAAGAGGAGCGGAAUUGCAACAGCUUGUAUGAAACGUACUGUCUUACUAUUAUAGGGUUCCAAACAGUUAAAAUUAUGAACAUUUUUAUAAUAAUUUAACAUUGUACUCAUUACAUUAUUGAUUAUUCUUUACGCAGAUAGACGGUCAACAGACGUUGGGUGAAAACAUCGCUGACAACGGAGGGAUAAAACUAGCAUACGAAGUAAGUUGGCAUAUGAACAAAGAUGGAAGUGUUUUUAUUGUUAGCAGUGAAAAAAGCAAAGUAAAUCUCACAAAAAACACUAACAACUUUAAUACAUAGUGUAACCCUCUUGCUUGCACAAUAGCUGAUUUUUCAUUUUUGUAUUUUCAUCUCAGUGAUUUAACUGUUUGUUAUUCUAACUAUUUUUAGUAGACCUUGGUAGCAUUUGUUGCUUUACCUUUUUUGUUAAAGAUCAUUCUCAGUAUAGAGUCAUGUGACGGUGUUAAGAUUCUCUGCUAUUUUAUUGCAUUCUUUUACACUUGCAAUGCAUUGUAUCAGUUGCCAUGGUAUAUGGAAAAAUAUAUGGAAAUUUUUUUUUUUUUAGAACAACGAGCAACAACAGAGACUGAGAUAUUCUUACAGGUCAUUGUGGCGUGCUAUUUUUUUUACCUUUUUGUUUGUUUCUUUUUACAUUUGGCCAGAAAGAAUUGAUUCAGUCGCAGAUCUACACCAUGCAACGGUAUUAUUACAAGAGCCGAUUACCCGAUUGGGGUCAAUCACUCGAAGAGCUUGUAUGAGAGAUGAAGGCUCCGGGUAAUCAGCUCCUAACAAGAGGCAUAAUGUGACCCAUUAUGGCUCUUGGCUCCUAAUUAUUGAUAUUAAUCUUGAUUUCUCUGUCAAAUUCCCUUGUACUUCAGGCAUACCAGUCCUGGGUGAGGGCCAAUGGAAGGGAGAACCCUUUACCUGAUCUUUCAAUGAGCGUGGAUCAACUUUUCUUUAUCCGAUAUGCAACGGUAUGUUUUAAUACUCCGGCGUUCUUUCCACCGUCGCCGUUGCCCGUCGUGGUUGCUUAGGGAAGGACCAUAAGGAAAGUAAAGGGGGUGGGGAGUCCUGCUUCAGCGUGGAAAUUUUUUUGGCUCGCUAUGUGUGCAUGUUUAUUUUUUUUCUGCCUGUCUCAGCUGUGUGCAUUUUUUUCUCGUAUAAUUUUUGAUGUAGAUUUUUUAUUUUUGUUUUUUUUUUCCCAACCCGUCCUCCCGCCCUCUUCACUUCUCUAUUUGUCCUACCGCAAAGCCCCCUUUCAACAUCUUGAUUCUUGAAAAAACGCUACCACGGCUUGUUUGUUCAAACCGUGGGUUUAUACAUCGUCGUAAGGGGUUGUAAGAAGGCUUAUAAAAGUAAGGGCGUAUAACCGGAAUAGAAAAGUGCUUCGAAACAAGCUAUAUAUAGCGAUGCUGAUCAAAAUACAUUUUUAAUUUACUGAUAGCCUGGGAUCAGGCUCCGCAUUGGGAGAAAAAGGAGAAAAAUAUUGGUGUGCGCGAUAGUCUGGGGAGGCCCCUUCCCCCUUUUGCCCCACUGCAGAGAAACUGCCGAGCCUGGUUCUAGGCUAAUUUACUGACUUUUAAUUAGUUCAAUACUAUACUUCAUAAUUCAUAUCAGUACAUUUUUAAUAAGAGGGAAUUUAUACCCAGGGGGCUUAAAAUCGGAUUGUUGAAAGAGCUGUUUAAUUUUCUCGUCGCUAUAGCACUUGCAACAUUGUUACAUGAGAGAGAGGCUGUUGCGUGCCGGUAUGUGAAGUUAAGUGUUGGGAUUUUCAGUUCUAUACUAAUGAAGUCUGAUUUCUGAAGCAAAACAUUUUUGUAUACCUAAAAGUCGUAGUAUUUCUCAUGGCCAAUCCCUAGAAUAAAAAUUCUCUCCAUAAUGGACCUCGUUCGAGAUAAGAAAUGAUCUUUUAAAUAAAGCUUAAGUAUUAACUAAAUAUCUGAUAUUUUCUCCAAGCACGGAACGGGGACUAGAAAACAAGCUAAAACACAAGCAAAGCCGAUUCUCGCCCGGCUAAUUAUAACCAGACGAACAGAGUAAAUUACGUGGCUCUUUGACUUCUUUAAGCUUACCUUUUCCCCCUGUUUAUGAGCUAUAGUUUCAUCUGUUGAGGCCAGACCAAAACACUGAUUUUGUAGCGUAUGUCGUUGCAGCGUCGGGUAAAGCUUUAGCUUUCCAGAAGAUACAAUCAUCACUAACUUAAUUUUUGAGCUUGUCAAAAUUAAAACGCCCUCUAAAGCAAAAGUAUUCCUGGAGAAGUUGUUAUUGGCGACUUUUCUUUUGACUGCAAAUGUCUCUCGGCUGAGAAUCAGCUGAGCAGCAUAAAAUAUUCAAAAUUCCGACGCAGGAGCAGGUGGGAGGCAUGACUACUGACGAAUGACGUCACAUGUAAAUGUUGACGUCAGAAUUUUGGCUGCUCUUCCCUGGUAAUGACUAUAGGCUAUGUAUUUUUGCAAAUUACUGGCUGCUCAUUUGUUUAUGAAGUAAGGCAAAAGGGAAGGUGGAAUAUGUAAGGAGAGAAAUACCAAGCGAGAGAGGCUCCGUAGGGCGGGUAGGAGAGAACCCUUGGAAAGUGGUUGAGGAGGACAGGCUAAAAAAAUAUGGUGUGAAAGGAAGGUUUAAUAAAUAAAUAAUAAUAAUUUUUUAUUAGGAAACUUCUCUCAGAUCAGUGGUUUACAGAAAGACCACAAAUGUAAUAAAGCCCUCCAGUGCAAUGAAAACCAUAUUUGCUCGAAAGAGCGAUCUCUCGAAUAAGCACUCCCCUCAAAUAUGGGCUGUACAGAAAAUUUAAAUUUUCCCGAGGAGGUAUACACUAGAUGCCCCCUACUCUAUUGUGUUAACCCAACAGCAGCCCUAUCUUAAGGGGAAAAGAGGGGGGGGCACAAAUAUUCGGGAAAACAAGGGAGGACCGAACAAAAACAAAUUUAAAAGAAACAAGGGGGUUAUGAUAUAUUGCAGGAACUACCAUCAGUAAUUUAAUCAUCAUUACCCAUUUAUUCUGUGUGCACCCUCUUCCGGCAAAUCGAGAUUUGUCUGGUAUUCUAACUGUAUAUUUCAACUGUAAGUACAUUACUUACCACAAUAUACGCGUGCACUUCACUCGAGGGCCAGAAGAGCACAGCAUAGUUCAUAAAGAAUGCAGUGGUUUUUGGCGUGUCUCACAAAAAUAACCUAUUGAAUGAAGACGCAUCAAGUCUCUGUAAAAUAGCUUCACACUGCAGCGUGUGCAGAACAAAGCAAAAUUAAACUAUGAAAAAAAAUUCGCGUCGACAUCCAACAUAUGUUUUUCUAUUUUAUUUUAGACACAGUGUAGUGUUUACAAGAAGAAGGCGGCUCUCUACCAGUUCAAGAGGGAUGUUCACUCGUAUCCUAAAUACAGGUUAAUAUUCUUCGUCAUGCUUCGUAAUUCUAGACACUUAAUACUUAUUUCACGGACCCUAUAUAGCUAUUUUUCGAAUACACGUGCCUGAAACGUUUAUAAAAACUAGUUAACAGUGCACUUUUGAUCAGACUUAAAGUGAAAUAAUAUCAUCAGCAGUAUGAAUACAUCGGAUUUAACAUGAUACGUAACAGUUUGGGCAAAAACGGGUAUUGCGCAGACCACCCUUUUAAUGCGCUUUGUUGGUGUAUGCGAAGGCCGACAAGACAAGUAAAACGGUCCUACACCGAAUACUGCCAACCACCCUUCCAAAAAAAUGUACUCUUAGCAAUGAUUUCUAUUGGCUUUUCAUUUCCUGCACUAGUCUGUAUAUAUAUUCACAAAACUUUUCGAGUCAUUUACAACAACAAAGAAAAACCAUCAAACAUCAAUUAUUAUACCAUUGUUCUUUUGUUCUUUCCAGAGUCAUUGGCUCGCUAUCCAACUUUAAUAAGUUUGCGAAGGCCUUCAAUUGCCCUAUUGGAAGCGGAAUGAACCCCGUGAAGAAGUGCUCUGUAUGGUGA